GCUUCGUGGGGUCCUCGGGGACUUAGGCCGGGCACGUGCGGAAGGAAGUGGCGUUGUCUGUCCGCGCGGCGCUCGUAGGCUCCUCAACGUGGAGCCAUGGGAGGCCUGGAGAAAAAGAAGUAUGAACGAGGCUCUGCCACCAACUACAUCACCCGAAACAAAGCCCGAAAGAAGCUGCAGCUGAGCCUGGCCGACUUCAGGCGGCUGUGCAUCCUGAAGGGAAUUUAUCCCCAUGAGCCCAAACACAAGAAGAAGGUUAACAAGGGCUCCACGGCAGCACGGACCUUCUACCUUAUCAAAGACAUCAGAUUCCUCCUCCAUGAACCCAUUGUCAACAAGUUCCGAGAAUACAAGGUGUUUGUCCGGAAGCUCCGGAAGGCCUAUGGGAAGGGCGAGUGGAACACCGUGGAACGUCUGAAGGACAACAAGCCCAACUAUAAACUUGACCACAUCAUCAAGGAGCGAUACCCCACCUUCAUUGAUGCCCUGCGGGAUCUGGAUGAUGCCCUUUCCAUGUGCUUCCUCUUCUCUACCUUCCCCCGCACUGGCAAGUGCCACGUGCAGACCAUCCAGCUGUGCCGCCGGCUCACCGUGGAGUUCCUGCAUUACAUCAUUGCCGCGCGUGCCCUGCGCAAGGUCUUCCUGUCCAUCAAAGGCAUUUACUACCAGGCUGAGGUGCUGGGGCAGCCCAUCGUGUGGAUCACGCCCUACGCCUUCUCCCAUGACCACCCAACAGACGUGGACUACAGGGUCAUGGCCACCUUCACUGAGUUCUAUACCACCCUGCUGGGCUUCGUCAACUUCCGCCUCUACCAGUCCCUCAACCUCCACUACCCCCCCAAGCUCGAGGGACAGACCCAUGCUGAGCUGAAGGCCAGUGAGGGCGCGUACGCGCUGGACUCUGAGAGCUCUGUGGAGAAACUGGCUGCCCUCAGUGCCAGCCUGGCCCGUGUGGUGGUGCCUGCCACAGAGGAGGAGGCCGAGAUGGAUGAGUUUCCUGUUGAUGGGGAGGUGGCGUCACAAGAGGAAGACCGAAGGAAGGAGCUGGAGACUCAGGAGAAGCACAGGAAGCUCUUUGAGGGCCUGAAGUUCUUCCUGAACCGUGAGGUGCCCCGCGAGGCCCUGGCCUUCAUCAUCAGGAGUUUUGGGGGGGAUGUGUCCUGGGACAAGUCUUUGUGCAUUGGGGCCACCUACGACAUCACGGACUCCUGCAUCACCCACCAGAUUGUAGACCGUCCUGGGCAGCAGACCCCCAUCAUUGGCAGGUACUAUGUGCAGCCCCAGUGGGUGUUUGACUCCGUGAACGCCCGGCUCCUCCUCCCUGUGGAGGACUACUUCCCCGGAGUGCCUCUGCCCCCACACCUCUCUCCAUUUAUCUCCGAGAAGGAGGGUGAUUACAUCCCACCCGAGAAGCUGAAGCUGCUGGCCCUGCAGCGGGGAGAGGACCCAGGAAACUUGAAUGAAUCUGAGGAGGAGGAGGAGGAGGAGGAGAACAAUGAAGAUGACGAGGAGGAGGAAGGGGGAGAAAAUGAGGAGGAGGAGGAUGCAGAGGCUGCCUUGGAAAAGGAGGAGGAGGCCCGCCUGGCGGCCCUGGAGGAGCAGAGGAUGGAGGGGAAGAAGCCCAGGGUGAUGGCAGGCACCGUGAAGCUGGAGGACAAGCAGCGGCUGGCCCAGGAGGAGGAGAGUGAGGCCAAGCGGCUGGCUAUCAUGAUGAUGAAGAAGAGGGAGAAGUACCUCUAUCGCAAGAUCAUGUUCGGCAAGAGGCGCAAAGUCCGAGAGGCCAACAAACUGGCGGCGAAGCGGAAAGCCCACGAUGAAGCUGUGAGAUCGGGGAAGAAGGCCAAGAAGGCAAGGCCGGUGUGAGUGCUGGCAGCCCCUAGCUGGGCCAGGGCCAGCUCCCAGCGGCCAGACAUGACGAAGACAGGCCAGAGAGCCUAGGCUGCUUUAGUUCUCCCCCUCGCUCCUCUGCCAGCCUGGGCCCCCUCUGGUGCCAAGCCCGAUUUGGUGCUCCCAGGAGUCAGUGACCUGGGGAGCAGGGGGCCAGCCGUUCAUCACGAUAACUUUCCCCAGCCCAGGGUGCUGUGAUGAGGUGGGCAUGAGGGGAGCAUUGAUUAAACAGCUGUAGUUUUGCAGCCAGUUGGAUUCUGUGUUCAUGAACUUG